AUGCUUGGACUCGCUCGACACAUUAAACUUGAAAAUGAUGAAUUCAUAUCAAUUGCCAGAGAAUGUAUUGGAUUUAUCAAAAAUGCUGGAGAGAGAGAUAUACUUGAUCAGUACAGAAGAAGAUAUUCAAUCUUGCAAUCAAAAAGAGUCAAAAAUACAAUUAAUAGAGAUCAUAUCGAACAAGAGGGAAGAGAGAUUGAAAGAGAGAGAAGAGAGAUUAAUAGAGAGGAAGAGUAUAUCAGAAGAGAGAUUGAAAGAGAAGAAAGAGAGAUUGAAUCAAUUGAAAGAGAGCAAGAGCUUAUCAGAAGAGAGAUUGAAAGAGAAGAAAGAGAGAUUAAAUCAAUUGAAAGAGAGGAAGAGUUUAUCAGAAGAGAGUUUGAAAGAGAAGAUAGAGAGAUUAAAUCAAUUGAAGGUGAAGAAAAAACGAAAGAGUUGACAUCAGAAAAAGAAGAGGAGAGCUUGAAAAGAGAAGAGAAGAAAUUCAAAGAGAUAGAACAGAAACAAACCAACCAAACAACAGAUACAAACAACAAUCUUUUAAUGACGCUGGAGAGUUAUGCAUCUACAACUUCAAAGAAAAGAAAGAUGACUUCGUCAACCUCAUUGUUAGGAGUGUUAUCUCAAUUCAAAAUAGAAAUGACCAAUGUCUGGAGUUAUUUGGAAAAGGAUUGCAAGAAUGUAAAGGAGUCAUUGAGAGCAUCAUUAUCAAACUUGGAAAUCUUUCUUCAACCUGUUAAAGCAAUUAUCAAUGGGAAUAAAUCAGAGGUAGACAAGGAUCGACUAAAGUCAAGUCAUAAUAUACACAUUUUUUACAAUCUCUUCCACACAACAACCCUUAUCGGAGAUCUAUCGAGUAUUGGUGUAUCAACAACAUCAGAGGUUUCAAUAAUUUAA